CAGAAACAGACACCGCCCAGCAAGCGCAGGAAACAUCACCCCUGAGGACAGAGACAUGCUGCCUCACACUCAACUUAUUAAUAAUCUUUGUAGCUACAGAGACAGAGACAGAGACAGACGAGAGGAUCGAUCUUCCUCUAACAAGUUUCAAGGAUGAGAAACAUCAGAGCAAGAAAUUUCUUGCUGGCAGGAGCUGUUGGUCUGUUAGUCCUCCACCUCUGUAAAGAUUUUAUCGACCACAAAACCAUUCGCAUAGAUGUUAGAGAGGAGAACAGUCAUAUAAGGCAACCCACGACAGAGAACUCCUAUGUAUACUCCUGGCCAAGUUGUCAACAAAAUAUGUCUGCUGCCAACAUCUCAGGCUUCAGCUCCCUUCCUGGUGGUAUAAAAGACUUCCUCUACUAUCGACACUGUCGUCAUUUCCCCAUGCUCCUGGACCUUCCUGACAAAUGUGGAGGAGUUGAUAAAUCUGCAGACAUCUUCCUUUUACUGGUCAUUAAAAGCUCCCCUGUGAACUACGAACGGCGAGAGGUGCUGCGCAAAACCUGGGCUAAAGAGAGGUUACACAAUGGUGUGUGGAUCCGGAGGAUCUUCAUCUCAGGAACGAUGGAUUCUGGAUUUGAGAAAAAAAGACUGAACAAACUGCUUGAACUGGAGCAACGUGAGUACAAUGACAUCCUCCAAUGGGACUUUAGUGACACAUUCUACAACCUCACCCUGAAGCAGGUACUCUUCCUCGAAUGGAUGGAGAGAAACUGUCCGAAAGUUCGCUUCCUGUUAAAUGGUGACGAUGAUGUUUUUGCCAACACAGACAACAUGGUCGAUUAUCUCCAGAGCCUCAAGGACAAUGAUGGAAGCAAGCACCUGUUUACUGGCCAUUUGAUCCAGAAUGUGGGUCCCAUUAGAUCAUCUGGGAGCAAGUACUUUAUCCCAGUUCAGGUACAGGAGUCAAAUUCAUAUCCCCCCUACUGUGGUGGUGGGGGGUUCCUCCUGUCUGGACAUACAGCUUUGGUCAUAUACAACAUGUCCCAGUCCAUUACCAUUCUUCCCAUUGACGAUGUUUACAUGGGGAUGUGUCUGGCCAAAGCAGGACUGAGUCCUGUUUCCCAUAUGGGUGUGAAGACCGCAGGACUGCACAUUCCCUCCAGCAAGCUAGAUGCACAUGAUCCUUGCUAUUAUAAAGAGGUUUUACUGGUUCACAGAUUCCUUCCAUCUCACAUGUAUCUCAUGUGGCACAGAAUACACGACCCCAAUCUGAAAUGUGGUGCCUCAAAGAAAUUACUUUAGCAGCAUUACACUGUAACUUAUUGGUGGUAGCAGCGCUUGUUGACACUUUCGUCUCCUGCACCUGCUGUGAGUGCAGGCAUGAUUUUCUUACUUCUAUGAUGGGAAAAGGUUUGAAUUGUUUUUCUACCAGUGGUCAGUGAACUUUUUUUUAUUCUCAGUGUUAUUAAUGUGGAUGAGCAGUCAGCCAGACACACAUGGGGACACUGGGGUCAGGGUCAGACAUAACCACAAGUUUGAGAAACUGAUUUAAUAGUGUGUUUUAUCUGCUCUAAAUUAAGCUACAAACAUUAGCAUGUUGAGCUAGUUAGUUUGCAGUUUAGCCUAGCGAUACCUCCAGGGGCAAGGAGCAUUUCAUAUUUUGUGAAGUCACAUCCUUAGUUAUGUUGAAAAAGAAAAGAAAAAGGUAUGAAUCUUUAUCCUCAGUCUUUGGAUGAUAUAGCUACAUACACUACAUCUCACUCACUUUAUAAGUCAGCUGGAAACAUUUAAAUGUCUUCCAGUGGCAAGAUUCUCAACCAGGCCAUGGACUUAACAUUAGUUUAAUGCUACCUACAGCAAAUAAAAACGGAUAGUGGUGGUUUUCAUUUCAGCACAUAUGAUCAAUGAAUACUGGCUGGAGAAAAGCCAGAUUUUAUCUUUGUCUGAAAUCCAGGAUCCAUUGGUUGUUAUUUUCAGUCAUUUCAAAUGGUAAAUUUCACAUUGAUGAUAAAAAGUAGUUUCUACACAGUAGAUAUUUGUUGAAGAUCACAGAUUGUGUCAGUGUAUCUGUGGGUGUAACGAUGACCUCAUGUGGGAGAGUGUGUUUUGUGUAUUAUAUAUUUAUGUAAUCUCCAUCAGCUGGUAGUGUAAUAGUGUUGUGACUAGGGCCGGAUAUUGAGCCACAAUUCUGACUACCAACUAAAUUGUGUCCAUAGCAUAUUGUCCCAAAACCUGUCAUGUUGGCACCGAAUACUUUGUUGUCACUUUGCUCACUGACUUCACUUGAAUUAUUAAUUAUGUAAUUUUUAAAAGUGUAUUUAUGAAAGCUUGUACACUUGUUCCUUAGCUUUAUGAAUGACUAGUUCAGGUAUAAUGUGGUGUCCAAGGUCUUACAAAAAUAUUUAAAAUAAUUCCUCAGGGCUUGUAAGCAGGGCAGUUUUCUCUCUUUUUUAAAUUGGUAUAGCCUGUAUAUUUGUGCCUUACAUCAGUGCUUCUCAAUCAGAACUGUUAUAAAAAAUAAAUAGAAUAAAAAAUAAAUAGCAAAAAAUAUGUUUUGCAGGACUAACAUUUAUGUACUGUCAGAUACAACAAUUGUAAUCAGGUGUCACUAAUAAAGGGGUCACUGGGUUUCCAGUAAGGAUUCACAUGUAAGAUUACUCUAUGCUUUUACAUUGUUCGAGUUGGAAAAAAGUUGAUUUCCCUGUUUUAGACAUUAGUCUAUUGAAUAUAUGUGGGAGCUUCAAAAAGUUUGUGGAAAAAGUAAAUAGGUAAAAAUCAUACACAGGGAAUUUGAUCUCAAUGCACCUGUACGUUCUCACACUAAUGUGUCAUAACUUGAACCCUUAAAUGCAUGUUGCAAUGCAAAAAUAAACAUCAUAACUUAAA